GACAAGACAGAAAUUCGUACUCAGCGCGUGCACGUGUGCCUUAUCACAACUUGAUUUUUGAGAUAAGUCCGCUAAAACGGCUUAUCCAUCUAACCCUGUUUUUCUUUAUUUCGAGGCUAACCGUCACAGUAUUAUACUUUUCCUUUAAUAUAUAAACAAAAGCGGCGAAGAUGGCCAAACAUUGGGGGGUGAUGGUAAUUACUUGAGAGGAUUACUGACAGUGUUGUGGAGGGGCGCCGAUUCAGUCCCAAUAAACUCACUGACUGUUCAAUUGGAAUAAUUAUUAACUAAGAAAAUCACAAAAAAUGAGCAAACGGUGGAUUUCUAUGGGCCGAGGAAAAGCAAGAGAGGAGGGGAGCAGCCUAAAGAAACUGGCUGCUGGUUCCCUGACUUUUGUAAAGGCGUACUCCAGUGGUCAAGCCAGCUCCGCCAUCGACGGAUUGGAGGACGAACUCGAGGCUGAGAUACAGCGGGAAAAACAAACUGUCGCAACUGCAGGAUUCGCCAGGUGGCGGUACAGAGGCAGCAAAGUGCUCCGUAGUAAAUACGUCCUGCUGAUGAUUGUUCUGUUAAACAUCGUGGAUUGUGCCCUUGUUCUCGGUGAACUCGUCCUUGACCUUAAUCACGUCAAAAAUAUAAUAACAGACACAGAGACCAUGUCCCUUACAUUCCAACAGAACCUGUCCUACAGGUAUCCAGAGAGGUUCCGAGUAGAGGACUCCAGACUCGGUCUGCAGAGGGCCUACAACACGGUCCUCCAGGGAAAACUCACGUGGUAUGCCAAGAAUAACAACACCAACACCAACAACAAGACUAAGCACAGAGACGCUUCCACCCAGACCACCUCCGGGGUCCAGGGAACGGACCUAUCAGACAGUAAGCCAAACCGCACGCGGGAGAGUUUGGGGAGCGUCCAAACCAAGGGCAGGACCCGAAGGUCAAUUGGUGAUGACCCGGGGUCAGUGGUUCCGAAAAUUCAGGUCCCGGAGAACAGUCUGGAGGAGAGCCUGGCCAGCGCCUUCCACGGCCUCAGUCUAUUUAUAGUCGUUGUCCUACUUACUGAGACGUCUCUGAAGGUCGUCUGCUUUGGCAAACAUUUCUUCAACCAGAAGCUGGAGGUUUUUGACGCGUGUAUUGUGCUUGCCUCUUUCACCGUAGACUUUGUCUUUGUGAACGGAAUGGCAGCCGAUGAUAUUCAAGAUUUUGUUUUCAUCCUGGCAUUUAUGUUACCAUGGGGAGUUAUUCGAGUGGUUAAUAGUUUGGUGGUUGCUGUGAGGGACCAUGAACACUUCCGGUUAAAACUUCUGUACACACAGAAAAAAAAAGUAGAACAAGAAAACAAACAGUUUCGUCAAGAUAAAGACAAGUAUUCAGAGCAAUUGGAUUCAAUGCGAAGGCUUUGUUUGGCGGAAGGAAUAGAAGACUGGAAGAUCCAACAAACCAUAGCUCGACAGCCAAUAAAAUCAGGAAAAGGAAUAAUGGGUUCCUUUGCUAGCCUCGCUUUGGGAGCGUUAGGAGGACACAAGUCAAACGGGUCUAGUUUCUGGAAUCUACUGGCGACCCCAAAAUUACGACGAGGUAAAUCAGAGGAAUGGGAAGGAAAGACCGGGGUCCAAACCAAGGAGGAUACAAGAUCACUGAGGUACACGGACAGGGUCUGGACCGUGGCUGGGACCUCCGACCUUCACAAGAAAAACAAAAAAGCAAGGUCACUCUCACACCAAAGUACUGUGGACAGUGAUCCGGGAACACCGACCAUUAUCAAGGGGAGAUUGAAGGCUAUCAAACGAUUUCUGCGGCGUCAGGACCCGAUAGACAAUGCGUCAUUUUCUUCCAUAGACACCGCUGAGAAAGACUCCAAGUGCUCGUUGAAUAACAUCACACCGUCAGAAAACUCGUCCCCGCCCAUCAGUUUUGAAUUCGAUAGCAUGGACGAUAUUGAUCAUCACGUGUCAUGUUCCCCAGCAUGCGAGAUCAUAAACGAGGUUUCACGAGAAGUGAGUUACACUGACAGCCAUUCUUAUUGUGAUCGAAGAGAAAGCACGAAGUCGUGCUCAGAGCCGAAUGAAGAAGAGAGUGCGUACAUGCGCAGAAACAGUAGUAAAAAGUCAAUUCGAGAACCGCGCCGGGCGAGCUCGAAGAGACGUAGAGAAGGACUGAGUAUGCGCCGCUGUGAGUCUAAUCCAGAAGAGGACUCUGGAACCACAGUGGAGAGGAUUAUAUAUGACAUUCCUGAUGAAUCAAAGGAAGAAACGCCAGAAACCAGUAGAAAAGUUUUAUUUUAUAACAAUAGCGAUGACCUACUGGAAAACAGAAGCACUGAAACAAUCAUCGCGCAUUCAGACAUUGAAAGUGAAACUAACAAUCGGGAUACUUCCGCAACACACGCAUGCCCACUCAAACAAGUCAGUCAUUCUGUGAGCGAAAAUGUAACAAAACCAAAUGAAACAGCAAUUACUGAUCAUCAUAAAAAUGAAAAUGCAGACGAUAAAACAGAAGAGAACAAAACUGACUCUAAAGAAAAAAAGUUGUUUGAAUCAAACUUUGAGAAAGUCCCGCAUGUAAGCGAGACAAGCUAUAAGCCAAAGUUUGACAGGAGACUUAUUCCAAAUGUUCCCAGAACUUUAAGCAUCAAACCGUAUUCAGCACUGAGAACUCCACACUCAGUGUUUUCCAAAAUCAAAAGGAAUGAAAACAAUGCAAUGUGCAAUGGUCACGUACCGUCAAUUAAACAAUCACAGAUUGUGAACAAUAACAACCAAGUUAUCUGUGAUACCGACAUUCAGACAGUCGUGAAACACAAGCUGCAACGGGGGAGGAGUGUCAAUGAAGAAAACACACUUAAUAAGGAGUCCUCUGAGCAUAGUUUAUGCAGGGUGUGUGGGAAGUGCAAAGAACCGGAAGCUCGUGGAUACGACGCCACGUGUACAUGUACCCAGGAUAUCGUGCUUCAUUCCGACAGUGUUCUGUGCAAAGAAACCGGAGGUGAAAUAAAUCUCACCGGUGACUGCAGUUCAAAAACCGGAAAUAGUUGUGACGAUGUUGACGUGUGCGAUAAUGAUGACGUUUUGCAUCCUUUGUUACAACAGUAACACCACAUUUGAAUCGAUAAUGAAUGUUGUUUAAUGCAUAAUCAUUUAUAUAUAUAUGCAAUGCAUACAGGUCAUUUCAAAUACACUAUAUUAAAACUUGA